AUGUCUAAAACAACUAAGUCGAUUUAUGCAAACAAGGAAGGCAAGGAAACGAGAGCACAAAAAACCCAUAAUAUAUUUGAAAGUAUAUUCCGAAAUUUUUCCGGUUACGAUCUUAACAAUUUCCAAAACCUUUCAAAUUUUACGAAUUGGUUAAAUCGACCAGUGGAUUCAUCAGCUUUGGCUGCAUUUCGUAUAUUCUAUGGUGCUGCUAUGUUAAUAGAUCUUGCAGAGGAACGUGGUGGCGCACAACUUGAUGUACGAUUUGGUGAACCACAACAUUGUCAUUUCCCACUUUUCAAUUUCAUAUCAGCAGCUAGCCUACCAAUUAUGGGUUGUUUAUAUAUUUUAAUGUUUUUGGGUGCUAUGGGUAUUAUGUUGGGUUAUAAUUUUCGAUUAAGCUGUCUAAUAUAUAUAGUACCGUAUUGGUAUAUAUUUUUAUUGGACAAACCUGCUUGGAAUAAUCAUAGUUAUCUAUUUGGUUUGGUGGGUAGCAUACUAUUAUUUACACAGGCAAAUAAUUGCUAUUCAUUGGACAAAUAUAAAAAUGCAUCUUCAACCGAUACUGUACCUUAUUGGAAUUAUUUUCUGAUUAAAUUCCAAUUUUUCAUCUUGUAUAUGUACGCUGGAUUAAAAAAGUUUACUACCGAAUGGUUGUCGGGAUAUGCUAUGUCUAGUCUCAGUCGUCAUUGGGUAUUUGCACCAUUUCGUUCUGUACUUUCAGUGGAUACUAUCGAUUUAUUUAUUGUACACUGGUUCACAGCAAUUUUUGAUUUUUCAAUAGCAUUUUUGAUGACAUGGGAAAAAACUAGGGUACUAGCAACUCCCUUUAUGCUUAGCUUUCAUUUGAUGAACUCCCGACUGUUUGUAAUCGGUAUGUUUCCUUGGGUGUGCUUGGCAGAAGUGCCUUUAUUUUUCGGAUUUGACUGGCCGCGUAAAAUUAGUUUCAUAAAAUAUUUUGGAGUUGCUAAGGAAACUAAAACCAUUGAUAAAGGAAACCAGUUAAAUACUAAGACUAAUGUGUUAAAUAAAGAGAAUCUAGUGGAAGAAAUUAAAGAACUCAAAGGUGUCUUAUGUUGUUCAUGCCAAAAGGAAAUAAUACAAAAACAUAAAACUAGUAGAUCUGCUUUAUUGCGUAGCGUUGCAAUUUUGAUUUAUUGCGCUUUACAAUUAUUCUUGCCAUAUUCUCAUUUUCUAACCAAAGGAUACAAUAACUGGACGAAAGGUUUAUACGGUUAUUCCUGGGAUAUGAUGGUACAUAGCUAUGAUACAGUAAUAACUUCGGUGAAGAUAGUUGACAACAAUAAUGAGAAAGUACACUUUAUAAACCCAUAUGCAUAUACUGAUUAUGAUCGUUGGACGAAAUAUGCUGAUAUGGCAGUACAGUAUGCAAAAUGUAUUGAAAAUAAUAUAUUAGAGGAUUAUGCAAGGGAUCCAACAUCUACACCAUUAUCAUCUAAAAACUUUUCGAUAUAUUUUGAAAUAUGGUGCUCUAUGAAUGGUCGGUUUCAGCAGCGUGUUUUUGAUCCACGUGUUGAUCUGCUUACGGCAAAAUGGUCACCAUUUAAGAGCACAACAUGGUCUCUGCCGUUAUUAAAUGAGUUAAAUGAUAUGCGUCCUAAGCUAAAGACAAUUGCAAAUGAAGUACUUGCCUGGAAUAAUUAUUCAGAUGUUGUUUUUGUAGCUGAUUUUCCGGGUUUAACUUUGGAUAAUUUUAUAUCAUCCGAUUUGACAAAUGUCACACUUACCAUAUUGGAGGGAAAUGUCAGAUUCAAUAAUGAUGGUGAAAAUGAAACAUACUUUUUAACUGCUGGUAAGAGUAUUUGUUUAAAGCCUGGUAUUACACAUCAUGUCACAACGGUAGGCUUGAAGCCGUCUUCGUAUCUUUACACCUAUGUUAAUAAGACAAUGUUAGAAAGUGAUUUUAUCAUAACUGAUAAAAUUCCACACUCUAAACCAAUCUUACCACUCUGGCCUGAAUUUAAAAAUCGAUUAGAUAAUUAUAAAAAAUUUUUAACACAUAUAGGAAAUUGUCUAUUAUUUUUAAUAUACGGUGUACCAAUACCUAUGGAGUUACGCGAAAGAAAUUAGUGUGAUUGAAGUUGAAUUAAAUGGACUUAACCAAAAUUAAUUUCUCAAUGAAUUUUUUGACAUUUGCAUUUAUGUAGUCAUGUAGUUCAUAGAAAUGUGGUUAGUUGAAUUUUAACAACAAAUAUAUAAUUAUGUACUUAUUAAUGAUUUUUAUUAAACAUAGGUAGAUGGUUAAAAGAAACUUAUAAGACACAAUUAAAUAAAUAUUUUAAUAGAUGAGAAAGUCAAAUGUAAUAUGUUAAUAAGAAAAAUUAUGUUUGGGACUCUAUCCGGAGAUGUGUGCUAAGUAUAGCGCUCUGAACAGAUGAAAUGCACUUGGAACUCCAUGAUACAACUAUAUACAUAAAUAUUUGAACAAAUCAAAUAAUCAAAUUAAAUUUCAAUUAACUUUAAAGUUUUCGCAACCUCACGACGAAACCUACUUUCCGAUUCUUAGUUGGGGGAGAUGAGUGAUAAUAUAUUAUCUAUGAAAAUACAAAAUAUGACUUAGGACCAUUGUGAGCUCUAACAGAGAAAUGUGAUAAUGUGUUACUAUAAUGAAAUUACCAUUU